CGGAGUGACAGAGCAGCUGGAAGCAUCUGUAAGAGGCGGCUGCAGGAUGCACGUCUUAGCUCUCCUCUGGGCCUGUGGCCUCCUGCUGAACGAGGUGCAGGCUUGGGGCUUUAAAAAUGGAAUAUUUCACAAUUCAAUAUGGCUGGAACGAGCAGCCGGAGUUUACCAUCGGGAAUCACGCAAAGGAAGAUACCAGCUGACUUUGAAGGAGGCCAAGGCCGUCUGCAAGUACGAGGGUGGGAAGUUGGCCACUUAUGAGCAACUGGAGGCAGCACGUCAAAUAGGGUUCCACGUGUGCGCAGCAGGAUGGUUCGAUAAAGGCCGGGUUGGCUACCCCAUAGUCAAAGCUGGCACCAACUGUGGCUACGGGAAAGUUGGCGUCAUCGACUACGGAUACAGGCUGAACAAAAGUGAGAGAUGGGAUGUUUACUGCUACAACCCAGACUCUAAAGAGUGUGGAGGAGUCCUGACUGAGCAGCAGAAGAUCAUCCAGUCUCCUGGAUUCCCUGAGGAGUACCAAGACGAGCUGAUCUGUUACUGGCACAUCCGAGCUCGUCUGGGUCAGAGGAUUCACCUCCACUUCCUGGAGUUUGAUGUGGAGGACGACACGUCAUGCCUGGCGGAUUACCUGGAGGUGUACGACAGUUACGACGACGUGUCGGGCUUUGUUGGGAGGUUCUGCGGGGAUUAUCUACCAGAUGAUGUCAUCAGUACGGGAAACGUGAUGACCCUGAAGUUUCUCUCUGAUGCUUCGGUCACAGCCGGUGGCUUCCAGCUACAGUACGUAGCUGUAAAUGCGUCUGUCAUCACACAGAAUUAAAGGCAUCACCUCUACUGAAGGCUCCUCCCACUGUCUUCAGCCUGUUACUGAAUGUGUGUUGUUAUUACCUCAUGCUUUGUAUUUAAUACGUUUUGUCAGCUCAAUAAAGGAAUGGUUCUGUAAAAUAAA